UCCCGUGCACUCCACGAGCCCCCGUCUGGCGCCACAUACCACCGCCUGCUUUCCCCUCCCCUAUCAAAUCCUCACUCCACUCGCCCCGCCCAGCCAGAUCUUCCUAGAACCUUCAGCAACCCUAGGGCCCCAGCGGGAGGCCUCUGCCGCUGCCGCCGCCAUGGCCCCCAACCCCGCCGCAAUCGCCCUCCUGGCUGCCCUCGACGGCAAUCUCCGCCUCCUCAAGAAAAUGUCCAAAAAGAUGGAUUUGCGGGAAACAAAGGACCCCAAAGGGCUCAACGCACUCCAUUUCGCUGCAAAUAAGGGGUCCCUGGAGAUUUGCAAGUUCCUGUUGGAGGACGUGGGGGUCGAUGUCAACUCGGUAUCAAGCGUAGGUGCGACACCGAUGUUUUAUGCUGCACUCAAGGGAAAUCUUCAGGUUGCCAGAUAUCUUCUCGAUCAUGGUAGCGAUCCGGCGAAACCUAGUGAGAGGGGCUUAACGCCGCUGCACAAUGCAGCAGAGCAUGGGCAUUGUGAGAUUGUAAGACUGUUGCUGUCCAAAGGAGUUGACGUGGAUGUUAUCAAUUACCGAGGGACACCAUUACAUAUGACUGCUGCAAAGGGUCAGCAUCAGGCCAUGAAAAUUCUGCUGGAGCAUGGUGCUGAUCCCAACAGAGUAGUCAAUCAUAUCUUCUCACCACUAAUGAUGGCAUGCUGUGGGAACUCCUUGGAAUGCAUGAAGCUACUGAUUGAGGCUGGUGCUGAUGUGAAUGGUAAUAGUAGCUCUGGACCAACUCCUUUAACGGGGGCAGUUGAUGAUGGCUCAACUGAAUUCGCCAAGUUCUUGCUGGAGGCUGGAGCUGACCCUAACAUUCCUAACCAGCACGGGGAUAUUCCAAUCAAGAGAGCAGCAGUCCGUGGUCAACGUGAACUUGUUGAGCUUCUGUUUCCUAAGACAAACCCAAUUCCAUCUGUGCCUGAUUGGAGUGUUGAUGGGAUAAUUACAACUAUGAAAUCUCCACAGACCAGGGUUCAGGAUAGAGCUUCUGCAGAAGAACGGAAAGCUGAUUUGAAGUCACAAGGGAAGGAAGCAUUUGCAAAGAAGGACUACUUUACAGCAAUGUACUACUAUGGACUGGUGAUGGAGAUAGACCCACUUGAUGCGACCCUGUUUGCUAACCGGAGCCUCUGCUGGCUGCGCAUGCGAGAAGGGGACAGGGCACUGGCAGACGCUCAACGGUGCAAAAUGCUGCGUCCUGGUUGGUCCAAGGCAUGGUACCGAGAGGGCUCAGCUCUCAGUUUCAUGGAGGAUUACCAAAGGGCAGUUGAUGCGUUCCAGGAGGCGCUGAGACUCGACCCUGACAGCAGUGAGAUCAAGAAGAUGUUAAGUGAGGCCAAAAGUAAGGCUACUCGCUAAGAGUAGGACCUGCGAUGGAGCUGACAUAUAAGCAAGUGCCUAUGUCCUACAUACCUGUGAUCAUCCUGUCUUUUCGCCGGCUACUAAUCCACUACCAGGCUUGCUCGUAUUGCAGCCGUUGACAAGCUAGCUACUUUCGAACUGUGCUCGAGGGCAGCUGCGGAGCUUCAACAGGAAUAAGAGCAAUCAAACGUAUUGUACUACUAUGUAUUAGCCGUGAAGGAAAAUGAGUUGUUAGAUGCACCAACAAAUAAUAGUUCAUGAAGUUCUUUUACCUGA